CGGCUGCCCAUAUAGUCUCCUAUAAGCACAGGCAAGCAACCAUGGAUUCCAUCUUUGGAAGGGUCCGGCCCCGCCGAGGGGUUUUCUUCAAAGAAUGGGUUAAUAAUAAACGCGAUCAUGGAGUGGUACUUCGAUGCUGGGGUGAUGAUGACCGUGUCUAAUCUCCGCGAAAGGCUAACCAGGCUUCCAAGCUGUCACGUUAAAGACAGACGGCCAACCCCAAGCCCAACAGCGAGCCUAUAUACAAUCAACGAGGACGAGAAUGCCCUCUAGUCACCUUACCUAUGGAGCAAAAUGUUGUAGAUCAAUAUUUGCUGGAACAAGAGGCGAGGUAAAUCUUCGUCUGAGACGGGUGAAUUUUUGCAUACACUUGGCUUAAUACAUACUUAAGAUGAGGUAAACAAAUGCUUCUCAGCAGUGUGUAAGCUCUUAGGAUGGAGAGCACGAUUCAAUUGACGAGGGUAUAUGGUGCUCCAUAGCACAUAAAGCAGAAAUCCGAAUGUAUCCAGUAAUAAUAGUCCAUUUGAAUCAAUUCAAAUCACAAUGCAUAGAUAGACAAAAUGCCAACAGCAGAUAGUAUGGUUUUUAAUAUAUAGGUAGAGUCCCAAGAAUAGGCUCAUCCACUCCAAAACGCCGAAACACCAUUUCGGGGGGGGGGGGGGGUAUGACU